UUUCCCACCUCUCCCCCCGAAUUCUUGGAACAAUCCCCCAAAUCGGAACCCCUCCCUCCCUUCCUCCCCCCGCUCGUCGUCAUGCCGGGGCUCCGCCUGCCUCCAGAUCGCAGCGGGAGGCCGCCGCUCGUCGGCGGCGAGGGCGGCAGCGGGAAGCCGUCGCUCCUCUCCCCCACCAAGUCCGCCGUCUUCAAGUCCACGCGUCGCCUGCCCCAAGAAAGCAGCGGAAGGCAGCCGCCCCGCGGCGGCGAGCGAGGGAGCGGGGGCCUCACCAGGGGCGACGGAGGAGGGACACAAGAGGUCGAAGGCGACGGCGGUGAGCGCGGCAGCGGGGGCCGCCCCAGCAUUCGCAGCGGGGGAGGGAGCCGAGGGCUCCGCGGGCGCGGCGCCUCGAUCGGAGCCGGGGAUGCGGGCGGAGAUGGUGCGCACAGGAGGAGCGACCGGGAACCAGAGGAGGAGGACGGGAGCGCAGGAGCUGGGGGCGCGACGGCGACGGGGAGGCCUCCCGCCCGGGAACAAGCGGGUCCCAGCCACGCGGGCAAGCCCUUCUCCGGAUUCCUCUUCGUCUUGCUGGAUUACUCGGACGCUGGCAUCACCGACGAGGACUUUGCAGCUUAUGAGGAAAAGAUUGAGUCUCUUGGUGGAGCACUUGCUACAGGACUUCACUAUAAAGAGGCCACACACAUAAUUGUCAAGGGUAACAUCCCAGCAGGGGCAAGGAUCUUGUGGGAAUCGGAGUUAAAGCAAGUGAGAUCAAUAGGAUGGGUCGAGAGCUGCUCUAAAGAAGGCAGGCUAUUGGCUACUGAACCAAAAGGAAUUGUUGAAAAACUGAUUUCUCAAGAAAACACAAUGACACCACCAGCUAAGAAGUCCCCUGUAAGGAACUGCAAGUCAACGGGCUCUAAAGUCCUGAAGUGUAGUGCUAGGAACAAGCUAGGAGUUCCAAGGAGGCUGAAUUUUGAUGCUCAUCACAGGCACCUCAGGUGUGCGGUAGAGAUCGAAGACACAGAGAGUUUGUAUGAUUAUUCUUUGAGGUACAAGAUGCACGAGUACUGCAAGCUCCCUGGAUGUAGAGGUGUCUUGAGCUGCGAAGAAGGAGCUGACAUAAUGAUACCGACUACUCUGAAGUUAUCUAAGCUUCGUAGCAGAGUGAUCUUGAUGCGUUCAUUUAACAAAGUUGUCAAGCUCCAUCAUGAACACUUUGCUCUUGCUGGAAACUUUUCCUCGAAGAACUUCCAAAUCUAUCAAGAUGACUCCAUCAAGCUUGAUGGUCUGGCCGAGGGUGCGAUAGUGGAGUACCGUGAAGCUGCCGGGGACCUUGACUAUCGCCAAUUUGUUCAUAUGGUUACUGAGGAGGUGUUUCAUGGUCAGAAGCUACCAUUUGAUCUGACCGAGUGGCUAAGGAUCAUCUCCCAGGGAGUGAACGCGUGUGAUGGCAGCCUGCUCUGCAGUCAUAUUGACCUGAUGGAGCCUUAUCAAGGAUACGGAAACUUUGUCUCAUUGUUUCAGCUGUUCUGGAAAGUCAAAGAUACCGCUGGUGGAGAAGAUCUUCUGAACUCCUUGGGACAUUACAAAGGAUGGAAAUCUGAAGGCCUGCGUUGUUCGUUUCUUCAUGAUACACUGAACUACGAGGACGAUGAUGGCCAUAGAUUUGAAUAUGAAGAUGACAUAAGAGGCCUUCUGAGGUUGUUGAUGAACUCCUUCUGUCACUCGGCAAAAAGCCACUGCAGGCUCGCUAUCUACCUGAUUAUGAAUGAGUUCCGCAGGUUGCUAUCUGAUCUUCAAAGGGCAUUGCACCAGGGUGGCUACCUCAGUCACCUCUCUGUGAAUUACAGCGUCUGAAAGCAUCCUACAUUGUACUUCUGCACACAGUAAGAUUCCGUCAUCUGAUAGAAGGCCCUCGCAAACUCUGUACAUCCACUUGUGUAUGACCGCACAUGAUUCAAGCCAUGCUGUAAAUCUCAAUAGCAGCCUUAGCUCUUCUGCGCCGAGAAUGUGCGCUGCAGCAGCAGGUCCUCAUCCUUCCAUUUCAUCAUGGACAGGUACAAUGCAAUGAAAGCUGAAGGUUGGAGACCUGGUGCUCUGUUUGAACACAGCUUGUAACUAGAAAGCGGAUAGCGAUUUGAUAUUCUUUUCUUUUUGGGCUGUAUAGUAGAAAUCUUGCCCUUCUUUGAGAUGUCCUUGUGGUGGACACUCUACAUUUGUGUGUGAUGACUGGUGUAUGUCAUUUACGCUCUUUGGUAUGCGGUGGAACAUCACCUGAAAUCAAUAUAUUCUUUCUUUC